AUGGAUGCAUUCUUUUCGUCUGUCUUGGGGAAGAUGUCAAAGACGUUUGGACGUUUCGAUGAUAUUGAUGAUGAUGGGACGAUGAAGAUGACAGACGAUCCCGCAACCGCGAUGGCGCAACGACCGGAUGAACUCUUCGAGAGAAUGAAACCCCCAUCAUCGAGGAGGGGUGUUUCUGGUGACGAUGAUGAUGAUGAUGAUGAUGAUGAAAGUUGCAUCGUGCACAAAAACGGACCAAAAUCCUCUUCUUCUCCUUCUUGGACAACAACUUCGAGAACAAAAAUGUGGCUGGAAAACGCUCGAACGCGAACGGAAAUCGACCGGAAAACGUGCCACGAAAACAAAGUCUGGCACAGAAGCGCGCACGUGUGGGUGUUUGAUAAGGAGAGGAACCGGGUGUUGUGUCAGAAACGGAGCGAGAAGAAAGAUACGUUUCCGGGGAUGUGGGAUAUUUCCGCGGCUGGGCACAUCGAGUUUGAUCCAGAGACGCAAGGGAGGAGGAAGAGGAAAAAGAAGACGAAGGAGGGAGAAGUCUCGAGAGGAGUCGAAGGUGAAGGAGAAGAAAAAAGUGACGAGGACGAGUACGAGGAAGAAAUAAGCGAGGAGGAACGAAUGAUGGAAGAGAGAAAGAAGAAGAACGCGAAAACAUCCGACGGAGACGAAGACGACGAAGAUUUCAUCCACGAGGCGGACAAACACUCCACGCACCCGAACUCGUCUAGAAAUACCGCCGCGAGAGAAAUAGCCGAGGAAUUAGGAAUCAAUGUCGAUCCGAAGCAGCUCACUUACGCGUUCACUUGCGCGGCAAAACAGGCGGACAUGGGCGGAUGUAACGCCUACGAAGACGUUUACUUCAUGCACGGGGAUUCGAGCAAAGACGUCGCGGAAACCUUCCCGUUGCUCGGAAAAGCCGAGGUAGAUCAAGUCGCGUGGUUCAGCUGGGAGGCGCUCGUCGCCACGUGGAAUAAAGAAUAUUUCGCCAAAAACAAAACCCAGCAGGCGCGGCCUCGGGAGAGGUUUUUACCGAACGAAAAUUCCGUCUCCCCGAAAUCCAAAUCGCUCCUUUACGAGCACGACAAACGAGAACUCACGAGCGCAAAACUCGUCCCAAGAAACGAACAGUACGUCCGCACGCUAGACGAAAUGUUCAAAUCCGUCGAAAUUCUCAGCUCUGGGAAAGUGUCAAACUUGAAAUCGAAGUUUGAAAACGCGCGAGACGGGCGUCUCGUUUCGCCGCUGAAAAAGCCGCCGCCGCCCAAGAAGAAGACGAAGAAAUAA